UUCGAAAAAAAAAAAAAAAUAAAAAAAAAAUAUAAUAGAUCAGAUCAAAGUUGCCAAGGAUCAGCGAACAUUUCAAAGGUUUAUUGAGAUCGAUAGGCACGAGGCAACUCAGGGAGAACAGUAAUUCAAGAAUCAUUUAUCGAGAGGAAAAUUCGUUGAAGAACGUUGAAGAAAUCGAUGGAACUUCCUUGAAUCGUAACACGGAGGAAGUUUCCAACGUGGCAACGACCUCGUAUGCGAAUAAUCAACGAAGAGAUGAAGAUUUUGUCGAUUUUACAACGUCGUCGUCGUUGUUGUUGUCGUCGUCAUCGUCGUCGUCCAUGUUUACUAUAAACGACGAGGAACAACGACAAGAACAAGUACAAACCGUUGAAGAAUCUAUGACGUAUCCAGACGAAAGGAUGGUGUCGUUCGAUUAUGCGAAUAUUUCGAAUAGAUUUGAUUCUGACGAGAGACGACUUACUAGAAUGGUAUCAAAUUCAAUGAACACCAUCGAGAUCAUGCCGAAUUAUAAUUUGGAGGAUGUCCUUGGAGGUGGUGCUAUCAUUGCCGAAAAUCCGAUGCAAUUUGCUGCAGCCUUGUUCAUGCAAUAUCGAAUACAAGGAACAUUGGAGCCAUUAAAUGUUAUACCUGGUCUGUUCUACAAUCAACAUGAACAAUCUUAUCAAAGUGAGACUUAUCUCGAUGAUCGUAUGAAUGAUAGCAGCGUUAAUGGAUCAAGUACGGCUUACGGGAGUGAGGUCAGCAGUUUCACGGAUACCGAAGAAUUGGAGAGACGUGAUCAGGCUACUGGACAGGACGAUGAACUACAAGUCCUUAUUUAUGAUCCUAGAAUAUCUAUGAUAUUACGAAAGCCUCUGUAUCGUCAGGAUGACGAACCUUCGAUAUAUUGAUUCUCGGCGAUUAUUUCACUGUAAUUUAAAUCAAACAAUAGAAUUGAAAGAUUUUUUUUACCAAAUUAUAAAUAUUAUUUGA